AUGCGUCCACCCUUCUUCGAUACGGGCAUUUCAACGGGUUUGCGCCUACUGAUAGUUGGCCUGUCUUACUUCCUCCUAGCUGCAUGGCUAAAGUAUAAGGUAGCUCCCAGGCCUCUGGGCAUUACCAGAGCGAUUGCUGCGCUGCCCAUCUUUGUGGCGAACAUCUUUUGCCCAUGGCUUUUCAAUGAUGCCGACGAAUUGAUGCAUCGCUUAAGCACAGCAUUCGUUUUAUCGUGGUUGUGCAACUUCAAGGUACUGGCUUUCUGUUGGGGUCGACCACCUCUGCGGGAUUCCAUGACCGUUCUUCAGCUCGCGGCGGUUAUCAUGUUGCCGCUGUUUCCCAAGCCACCUGAUAGCCACCUGGCCAGAAGUCCUAAGAAGGGGCGUCUCCACGACUCUGCGGGGUCCGGGGCGGUUCUCGCCUGGCGCUGGGUCGCCAAGAUUGCGCUGCUGGGUUCCAUGGCGUACAUGCUCCUCAAGUACGGCGACUUGAUGCCUGGAGUGGUACGACAUUACGUGUACGCCUUCGGUUUGUACAGCUUUGUGGGCGUUCUGAUGGACGGCCCCGCGGCCUUGGCAGUGGAGGCGCUGGGGCUGCAGCUCAUACCCACAUUCGACCAGCCCUGGCUGAGCUCCUCCCUCGCCGAUUUCUGGGGGCGCAGGUGGAACAUACCGACGGCAUCCCUUCUCCGUACAGUCGUGUACGACCCUGUCAUAGACGGCUCCCUCGUACCGCGUGCCCACCACGCCCUGCACCACAGCACCUUUGCGCCGCCACCACCACCGCCGCCGCCGCCGGCAAAGCAGCCGGAACAGGAUCCGUCAGGUUACCGCCACGAUCUAAGUCCGUCGUCACCGCGAGAGGAGAUGCCGUCGCCGCCGCAGCAGCAGCAGGCGCACCACCGUAACGGCUACAUUACCAAACCCCAACAGCGUCAUCACCACCAUGAUCACCACGAUCACCAUCAACAUCAUCAUCAUCAUCAUCCGAAUCAACAGCAACGUGUCAGUGAGCUGCGGCGGCAGCUGGGGCUCCACGCGACCUUUCUGGUCAGCGGCGUGGUCCACGAGUACAUCGCCUGGCUGGUGAAGGCCAAUGACGACUGGGGCUGGAAGUGGACUGUGUUUUUCUGGAUCCAGGCUCCGUUGCUGACCCUGGAGUCCCUGGCGGGCCGGGCCAUGAGGCGGGCGGGGCUGCAGCUGCCCAGACCAGUGGCCAUCGUACUGACAUUGGUGGUGCUCGAGCUGCUGGCGUACGAUUUGUUCUUUGGCUUCGUGGAGAAGGACACCGACCUGGCCUCGAGGGUGGUUGCGGCGGUUAGCUCCGGCUACAACAUUGUGCAAUCGCCGCUACGUCCCGUGUUCGCCAGCCUGGCUGCGGGGCUGAGGCUGUAGCACAGCGUGUGAGAGAGCCGGCUGUAGCAGCACGACGUGCAUGGUGUGACGUCAUGCGAAGGCCGCUGGCUGCGGUCAGGGGG